CGCCCCCCCCCCCCCCCCCCCCCAUUCCGGAGUCGCACAAACCCAACGGCAUUCCCUCCUAUCGAAUUAAAAAUAUCCCAGGAGGCUUUUCUGCAUUCCUCCCGCUCCCCGUUCACGUACGUCCUCCGUCGCCGCCGGAGAUGUUGCCGUACGAAACGAUCGCCGCGGCGGAGGCGGCGUUGGGGCGCAACCUCACCGCCUCCGAGGCCCUCUGGUUCCGCUACUCCGCCCGGAUGCCUGACUUCCUCCUCUACUACCACAACAUCCUUUUCCUCUUCAUCAUUUUCACUCUCGUUCCCCUCCCCCUCGCCCUCCUCGAGCUCCGCCUCCCCUCCGUUCUUGUCCCCUACAAGCUCCAGCCUAAGGUCCACCUCCCUGCGUCCUCCUUCUUCCAGUGCUACAAAGACGUCAUGCGCGCCUUCCUCCUCGUCGUCGGGUCCCUCAUGAUCAUCUCCUACCCUUCCGUCAAGCUUGUGGGGAUACGGACGGGGUUGCCGCUGCCGUCGGCGGGGGAGAUGGCGGCGCAGCUGGCGGUGUACUUCUUGAUCGAAGACUACACAAACUACUGGAUCCAUCGGCUGCUGCACGGGCGGUGGGGGUACGAGAAGAUCCACCGCGUCCACCACGAGUUCACGGCCCCGAUCGGGUUCGCCGCGCCUUACGCUCACUGGGCGGAGGUCCUCAUCCUCGGUAUCCCCUCCUUCAUGGGCCCCGCCAUCGCCCCGGGCCACAUGAUCACCCUGUGGCUCUGGAUGGCCCUCCGCCACGUCGAGGCUAUCGAGACCCACAGCGGCUAUGAUUUCCCUCUAAGUCCCACAAAAUAUAUCCCAUUUUAUGGAGGGGCUGAGUACCAUGAUUAUCAUCACUAUGUAGGAGGCCAGAGCCAAAGUAACUUUGCUUCUGUCUUUACCUACUGUGACUACAUAUAUGGAACUGACAAGGGUUACAGAUAUCAUAAGGCGCACCUUUCAAAGGUGAUUUAUUUUCAGUUGUCUGGAAAAAAAUCGUGCACUGAGACUUUAAAAUUCCAGUUAAGGAAGCAAAGGGGAGCAGAUGGUGAAAAUAGAGAAGCAAAUGGCUGGAAUUAUAAUGAGAAGUUCGAGUAGGAUUAGAUCUUAAAGCCCCUGUGCCUCAAAAAUUUGUAUGCUUAUUGGUGUGACUAGUGAGCUUCAGCUACUUUGCGCCAAAUUCAGGUCAUCAUUCAUUGGUGGGCCAUACGAAAGGCAGUCUUUAAGCAUCGCUCAUCUGAUUUUUGGCGCUGCAAUGGUUUUAGAGGAUGUUUCUGUUUCUUCUAGGCAGUCUUUAGGUAUAGUCGUCUGUCUCCUUGCUUUUCUAUUGAUGCUGUGUUUUUAGUUACUAGACUGCUUACAAAAAGAACAUCCGGUCUCCUUGCUUUUCUAUUGAUGCUGUGUUUUUAGUUACUAGACUGCUUACAAAAAGAACAUCCGGCGAUGGUAUUUUGUUCAAGUGCCAAUUUGUUUUUUUUUUUUUUUUAACACGAGUUUUUAGUACUGUUUCCUUAUGUUGGUAAGCUGUCUUCCUCCUUUUAAUCAGACAGUCGUUGUAAUGAAAGUUUUUAGUACUGUUUCCUCA